UGAGCUUCCGGGGAAGUUGACGGGUAGCCGAUCUUCUCGGUAAGAUCGGUUGGCUCGGUCCUGCACGGUAGUCUUGUUUUCCCCGUCUUGCUCCUAGCGGAAACAUUUAAGGCGAGACAUGCCUCCAAUUUUUGUAGCCUGCACUCGUUCCAUAACAAAAAAAAAACCAAAAUUUCCGCUUAACUUGCAACCGCCAUUUGUUCACUGAUACGAAAACUGUCGAAACUAUGACACCGAGGAAGUUUCAGGGCCCCAUUGUGGACGUCUGGGCGAACCUCCCUGGAUUGGGCGCUGCCAUUCCAGAGGUCGCGCGGCUCUUCGCAUACAGCCACUCCGACCCUGAGAUCGCUGAUAAAAAAAGGACUCCGGACGAGGUUAUUGCUCUUAUGGACGAGGCCGGUAUCACAUAUGCCUGCAUGUCUGCCUGGAGUCGCCCAGGCAAGAUGAUCUUUUCAAAUGAAGAGGUGGCACAGUACACCCGUGCUUACCCGAAUCGGAUUCUUGGCCUCGCUGCGGUCGAUCUUCACAAUCCUGUGGAGGCAGUUAAAGAACUGGAACACUAUGUCAAAGUUGAAGGAUUUGUGGGCUUACGAGUGGUUCCUUGGUUAUGGAAUCUACCUCCCACUGACGCUCACUACUGGCCCCUUUUUGUCAAAUGUAUCGAACUUGAUAUCCCUUUUCUCACCCAAGUUGGUCACACAGCGCCAGCUUGUCCGAGCGAGGUCGGCCGUCCAAUCCCAUACAUUGACACAAUUGCCCUCAAGUUUCCCGACCUCAAGAUCAUCAUGGGUCACAUCGGAUAUCCAUGGGCUGCUGAAACUGUUGCUGUGGCAUGGAAGCACAAGAACGUCUAUAUUGACACCAGCGCGUGGUCACCGAAAUACUAUGCACCGGAGUUCGUUCAUUUUGCCAAUACUACGGGUAGGGAGAAGGUGAUGUUUGGGACGAACUUUCCGCAGUUGGGUUGGAAGGCCUGCGUGGAUAGGGUCAAUGAGUAUCUUGUAGAUACAAAGGGAGGCUUCAGGGAGAAUUCUAUUAAGGACUUCAUGGGUGGCAAUGCUAUUCGAGUAUUGAAGCUGCCGCCAGUGAAUCUGGAUAAACCCAAGUCUAAUCUUUGAGGUUUCGGUAGCAAGUGUUUAACAAGAGUUUGGUGUACAUAGGACUGUGGUUAGGAUUAGUGAGUUAUUUAUUGCCUCCCUCUUAGCUUAGGCCUCCUCUUAUUGGCACUAAAAUAAAACAUGCUGUAGGGU